AUCAUCAUCGUCGUCGUCGUCGUCGUCCCCACCAUUCUCUACCCCGACUACUGUGAUUAUUGCGCAGUUGAAAAACUUGAGCAUUGACGCCGAGGAACGUGGGAUAUCGCCUCCGAGAGGCAAUCCGCGAAAAUUAACGGCCGACGGAUUAGUCGGUCUUGUGAGGAGGGUGAGUGACGAGGAUACGAAGACGAGAAAAAAAAGACAAACAUCCGAGCCAUGACGAAUUCCGCGCCCAAGUUAGACAACGCCAAGGUGGACCGACAGGCCUCGCCAAAGGUCGGAUAUCAAUUCCAGUACAAUCAUCAUCAUCAGCAUCAUCGUUCCAACAGUAAAUCAUCGCCGUUCCUGUAUAAGAACGGCCGCCACGCCGCUAAAAACACCAGAGACGGCCGGCAAAGCUGCAGCCCGUAUAGCUCGUCAUUCAAAAGUCCGAGGAGCUCGCCUCAACAACAACAAUACUGUGAACAGCGCAGUCCAAGCAGUAGCCCGACGAACAACAGCUUUUACGCGGGCGCUAAGUUCUCUGAAACACCAUCGCCAGCGAGUGUGCCCAAACCGCCAAGUCAUUGGACGAGUACGGUGACUGGAUUGAUGAACGGUUGUCAUCAAUCGAAUAACGCGAGCGACUAUUCGAGACAACUACGUAUAAUGUUAAAAGUUCAGGCCUGAUACCCAGAAAUUAAAAACGCGUCCACCGCCAUCGUUCGAGAAGGGAAGCAGCCGUCAGCAACUUUUAAAGAAUCAGGGAUGAUCCUUGAACUUUGUGGAUUUUCAAUCUUAAAAAAAAAACGAUGCGUCUAAUCUGAGAAACAUGUUGCCAAGAAUUAUGUGUGCGUCAUUGUUCCUUAUCUAUUGAGGAAUAAGAAAUACGCUAUGACAUAUAAGAAGAGAAAAAAUCAAUGUUUCGUAAUAGUUUAUUUGCGUAAAAACGUGGAUAUACACGUGCAAUAUAGAGUAUAUGUAGUAGUGUCAGUCCAUUCAGCAAAUAUCGCAAGUAACCGUCGAUCAGAGUUAUGUUCAAAACAAGUGACGUGGAAAUUUCCAUAUUUCAACAUUUGCCCGAACAUCUCCAACAGCCAGAAUAUCUCUAAAAUAAGUAAAAUAAAUAUUAAUUUCUAUAGUAUAUAAUUUUUUAUCUCGAUAUUUUUUUUAAUCUCAUGCGUUGGAUACUUGCGUUACAUUAUUGUGCAAUCGCAUUUGACGUGAUAGAUGGAAAAGACAAUCAUUUUUUAUAUGUAAGUAUGUAUAAAAAAUAAGUAAAGAACAGUGUAUAUACUAGUUCUUGUUCUGUUAUCUUCAUAUUAAUAGUUAUUUAGGCAUUAAAAAAUGCAGAAAUUAAAUAUACGUAUUCCAACGCAAUCAAUUAAAAUAUUAAAAUUUUAUUCUAGACUUUUUAGUCUAUUUAUAUUUUAUAUGUAUAAUUGUACACUACCAUUUUUUAUAAAUUUCAGCUAGUCAUGUUAUCUAUAUUUUUUUAAUAAAACAAAAAAUAAAACUAUAAAGGAAAAUACACAUAUGCCAAGAAAA